GGGGGGGGGAGCGCGGCUCGUGAUCGCGCGCGCGCGCGCCCCGGUCCCGGCGCUUCCGCCCGGCCGCGCGGGAGCUGCGGGAGCGCCCCGCUCCGCGCCCGCAUCCCUGCCCGGGGCGCCAGCAUGGAGCUGUUCCAAGCCAAGGACCACUACAUCCUGCAGAGCGGAGAGCGGGCGCUGUGGUGCAGCCGGCGGGACGGCAGCCUCCAGCUCCGAGCCGCCACUGAUCUACUCUUGGCUUGGAAUCCCAUCUGCCUGGGCCUGGUGGAGGGAGUCAUUGGUAAAGUUCAGCUUCAUACAGAUUUACCGUGGUGGCUACUUUUAAUUCGUCAGAAAGCAUUGAUUGGCAAACUUCCUGGAGACCAUGAGGUUUGCAAAAUAACCAAGAUUGCAGUGAUUCCGCUUUCUGAAACAGAACCUCAGGAUCUGGAAUUAGAGCUCUGUAAAAAGCACCACUUUGGGAUAAACAAGCCAGAGAAGAUCACCCAGUCACCAGACGACACCAAGUUUCUGCUGAAGACUCUUACUCAAAUUAAAUCAAAUGUGUCUGCUCCAAAUAAAAAGAAGAUUAAAGAAAGCAAAGAGAAGGAGAAGCUGGAGAAGAGAUUAUUGGAGGAGUUAUUCAAGAUGUUUAUGGAUUCAGACUCCUUUUACUACAGCCUGACCUAUGACCUAACCAAUUCUGUGCAGAGGCAGAGCGCGUGUGAGAAAACGAACCUACCACUCUGGCGAAGAGUUGAUGACAGAUUCUUUUGGAACAAGCACAUGAUUGAAGAUCUCGUCAGCAUUGAUAACGCUGAAGUGGACUUCUGGAUUAUACCCAUCAUACAAGGAUUUGUGCAAAUUGAAGAGCUUGUAGUAAACUAUAGUGAAUCUUCUGAUGAUGAUAAGAGCAGUCCUGAAACUCCUCCGCAGGAAUCAACUUGUGUAGAUGACAUUCAUCCGACAUUUCUGGUGGCACUUAUUUCACGCCGGAGUCGGCACAGAGCUGGAAUGCGGUAUAAGCGAAGAGGCGUUGAUAAAAAUGGAAAUGUAGCAAAUUAUGUUGAGACAGAGCAAUUGAUUCAUGUUCAUAAUCAUACUCUUUCGUUUAUACAAACAAGAGGCUCUGUGCCUGUUUUCUGGAGCCAAGUUGGAUAUAGAUAUAACCCACGGCCUCGCCUGGACAAGAGUGAAAGUGAAACCAUGCCCUGUUUUCGUGCCCACUUUGAAGAACAGCUGAAAAAUUACAAAAAGCAGGUUAUUAUUAAUUUGGUGGAUCAAGCUGGCAGAGAGAAGAUUAUUGGAGAUGCUUACCUUAAACAAGUUCUUCUGUACAACAAUGCAAAUCUGACUUACGUUUCAUUUGACUUCCACGAGCACUGCCGAGGAAUGAAGUUUGAAAAUGUUCAAACGCUGACUGAUGCCAUUCAUGAUAUCAUUCUGGACAUGAAGUGGUGCUGGGUCGAUCAAGCUGGUGUGAUUUGCAAACAGGAAGGGAUUUUUAGAGUUAACUGCAUGGACUGCCUGGAUCGUACCAACGUUGUGCAGGCUGCGAUUGCAAGAGUGGUCAUGGAACAGCAGCUGAAAAAACUGGGUGUGAUGCCACCAGAGCAGCCUUUGCCUGUGAAAUGCAACAGAAUCUACCAGAUAAUUUGGGCGAACAACGGAGAUGCCAUCAGCCGGCAGUACGCUGGCACAGCAGCCCUAAAGGGGGACUUCACAAGGACCGGCGAGAGAAAGCUUGCGGGGGUGAUGAAGGAUGGAGUUAACUCUGCGAACAGAUACUACCUGAAUCGUUUCAGGGAUGCUUAUAGACAAGCAGUCAUAGAUUUGAUGCAGGGUAUCCCUGUAACAGAGGAUCUCUACUCCAUAUUUACCAAAGAGAAAGAGCAUGAAGCCAUGCACAAGGAGAACCUGCGGAGCCAUCAGGAGCUGAUCAGCCAGCUGCUGCAGAGCUACAUGAAACUGCUCUUGCCGGAUGAUGAAAAAUUCCAUGGAGGAUGGGCACUUAUUGACUGUGACCCAAGCCUCAUCGAUGCCACUCAUAAGGACGUGGAUGUUCUUCUGUUACUUUCUAAUUCUGCCUACUACGUGGCCUACUACGAUGAUGAGAUCGACAAGGUGAACCAGUACCAAAGGUUAAGUCUUGAAGCUCUGGAAAAAAUAGAAAUAGGGCCUGAGCCCACUCUCUUUGGCAAACCCAAGUUCUCCUGCAUGAGGCUGCAUUACAAGUACAAAGAAACGAGUGGGUAUUUCCACACUCUCCGAGCUGUGGUGCGCAGCCCCGAAGAAGAUGGAAAAGACACUCUUCAGUGCAUUGCAGAGAUGCUGCGAAUCACAAAGCAGGCGAUGGGAUUAGAUGUGCCCAUCAUUGAGAAGAAGCUAGAGAGGAAGAGCAGCAAAGCCCAUGAAGACAUCAUCGGCAUUCGGUCCCAGAACAGGGGGUCGCUGGCCCAAGGCAAGAAUUAUUUACUGAGCAAGUUCUCCUCUCUCAAUCAGAAAGUGAAGCAAACCAAGUCCAACGUCAACAUCAGCAACCUUCGGAAGUUGGGCAGCUUUACCAAACCGGAAGUGAAAGUCAAUUUCUUAAAGCCAAAUUUGAAAGUGAAUCUGUGGAAAUCGGACAGUAGCCUUGAAACUUUAGAGAACCCAGUGGCAGAGGCUAAAGUCCAUGGGGAAUCCGACACGGAGAUAUCUGAUAAUGAUUCGUUCCACUCCGAUGACUUCCUGACUAAUUCUAAAUCCGAUGAGGACAACCAGCUCACCGACUCUCUGGAGAACAUCGGGCAGACCGACUACGUGCUGCCCAGCUGCGGCAUCAUCGCCUCGGCGCCGCGGCUGGGCAGUCGGUCCCAGUCCAUAAGCAGUACUGACAUGAACAUUAGCAUUCACGUUCCCUCUGAGAUCCACGUCUCCCCGGCUGGCCACGCUGACUGUGAGGACGUACCCGUGCCUUCUGCAGACAAUGCGGAGAUGGAGUUUGCUAAACCCAUUGAUGUGUACUGCCAGAGGUUUGUGCAUGAUGCUCAAAAUCAGAUGUCGGGUGGUUUGGAGGCUGAGGCUGGCUCUCAAGUCCCCCACCACGUAAUAAAUCAAACCAGCAAUAAUAUGUCCAAGAAAGCCGAACCCAAAGCGGAAUCUACUGGAGACGUUCCUUCCAGGCCGUCCAAGUUGGAUGUGCAGUCUUCUGAGCCAAAUCCUCAGCUCUUGGCUGUCGGUGGGACCGACCUUGCUAAGUCUCAUCAGAGCCCGGGGUCUGGAUUGGGUCACCCUGAGGCAGGACUCCACACGACUCCUUCUCCGGCCGACGGCGGCAGCAGCAGAGCUGUGUCUCCCUUUGCUAAAAUUCGCAGCUCCAUGGUCCAGGUCGCAAACAUCACGCAAGCGGGAUUGACUCAAGGGAUCAAUUUUGCUGUGGCGAAGGUGCAGAAGAGCCCUGCGGAGCCCGAAGCUGUAAAUGAAAUCAAACAGAAAGAACUGAGAGAGAUGUUUACGCAGUGCCAGACACGGAUCAUCCAGAUCUAGUGGCUGCUGUAGGAUGUGUUCUUCUAGCUGUGGCUUUUAAUACCAUACUAAAACAGUGGCAUCAGGACUCGUUGUCUGGGAUCAAUAAUACCUUGUUUACAGGAGGUGAGAGAUGGGAAUGAAUUUGGUUCAGAAUUCCUUAGGCAGCUGAGACAAGAACAGUGAACCCUCUUUGAACAGGUAGCUUAGACACUGGGAUGUAGUAAGCAUGCUGUCUGUCUUAAAUGUGUUGCACAGUUAUUUUUGGGGACUCAUUUUGUAGCUCUUCUAACUUAGGGUAGAAAUUAUUUAUACUACAAAGGUGAUUCUGCACUGCUGUGACCUUACUGACCUUGCACUGCACCAGCAAAACAAGUACCGGUAACCUACACAUUAUUUAUCUUUGAACCAGUGUUUCUACUUGUUUCUGUUGACGUUUUAGAUGCAGCUUUCUCUGAAUUGUGCCUCUGCAGUGGGAAUUGAUGCGGUUUUGUUGAAUUUGAUUAUGUUGACCAGAUAUUAAGAUUUCUUUUGGCUGUCCUUUUUCUUUCUGCACAUCCUGGGACACUUCCAGUAGCUAAAUCCUAGAUCCAGUCUGAAGCAUCCACCCUCCUGCAGUGCAAUUUUAGUUUGUAGGUGUUCGGUUUUCUCACCUGAGGUGAGGGGAUGGAGCAGAUGUCCUCGUCUCGCCCUGUUGAAGCAUUUCUAUUUCCUUUUUCCCAAACACUGGCACUUUGCUCUAAUUGUUUUGUCUCUGUGUAAAGCAAGAGAAGGCGGAUACUCGGCCUUCAGGCACGUUGUCCUUCUGUGCUACGUGUUUUUAAGCUGUAUUCUAACUGUCCAGAUACAAAACUGCAUAUAACAAUAACUGAAGGCGAGCGUAGUGAUCCAUAAAGUCAGUGUCACGUUAGAGCGUAGCUGUCAGCACCCGAUCCAAACCGAAGUCAUUACCAACUCGAGCUUGGCAGGGGAGGGCUGAGCACCCUCUCCUGCUGGGAACUGGAUAACAAACCCCUUAUCUACGUGUGUCAAAGGUAACAUCUAUCCAAGUUACUCCUCGGAAAUGCCUUGCCAUGCCAUUCUAGCAUAGGACAACAUCCAACCGCCCUUGUGAAGCAGGACCUUCCUGUGCUGUGGUUUGUGACUCUGCCCACCGUUACAGCCCCAGUGCCUCGGUGUCCUGCUCCGUGUCCGUAGGCUGCACGCGGUGUUCGAGCUAAUGGUGUCGUAGGCGUAGGGUAGCGCGGUGUCAUAGGAUCUCCAGUGUGUCUGAAACGGGAUCACCUGACCCCACGGGCUGAAACUUUGAUAAACAAAUCGAUUUAUUUAUUUGUUUUAUUAAAGUGGUGUGGGUUUGGGUUUUCUGAGUGUCUCUACUUGUGACCAUAUUUAAAAUGAAACUACUGCUGUAUUUUAAUGUGAGCAAUAGACUGAGAUAUUUUAAUAAAAAAAGGGGAAGCCAAAGAGCUUUUGGUGU